GCCAGUAUGCCGCUACAAGUUGCAGAGUGAAGACGUUUGUUGUUGAAGUGAGAAAAGUUCUCUAAGUCCAAUACCAGUGAAUUAUAUCCAAUUUACCAUCGCAAUUGCAAGUUUGACUUGAUAGUGAUACCAUUUAACGGUUAAUCGAAUCAUUCUUGUGCGAAAUCAUAAAGUUGAACUAAGAGUGUGUUCUUUUUCUGAGAAUUUCUUUGGCCAUUGAUUGAGACCAUUUUCAUCAGAAAAAGAAGUGUGUGCUUUCUUUUUUUUUCAUCGAAUAUCGUGCUUGAACAUCUCUAUCGAGAGCUGAAAUCUCAUUUUUCUGGCAUUUUUAAAGACUUUUUCUGUGGGAAAUACUGUGAAGUCGAGUUGGUGAUUUGCCCAACAUCCCCUCAGCGGGUCGAUAUCCCGUCGAAGGACAGUCAAGGACAAAAGUUAAAAAAACUGCAUUUUUUUCUUUUGUAAAACUCCAGUUUUUUCAUAAUUGUUUUUUUUAUUGUAAAAUUCUGUUAAAUUUGUUCUAAAGACGAUUCUGUGUAGUGGAAUUUUGCAUCUCUAGAGAUCAGAAAAUCUUUCUAAGCAGAGCAAACAGCGGAAAAUUGACAAGACAACUUCCUAAAAAGUGGAUUCUCGUUAAAUUUUCUAUACAUCAGAGCUUACCACAUAUCACAACUCUUUGUGUAAUUUUUUCUGUGCUUGUUGAGCUUGUACAAAUCCCGUGAAAAAAAAGAGAAAAUAAAAGCAUCAAUUUGACUUUCUCAUUGAGCUCGUGAAGCGAGGAAUGGCACCACUUAAUGAUGCUGAUAGACGGGAAUUGAUGGCAUGGGAAGCACCAUUGAAGCAGGGACUCUAUGAUCCGGAAAAUGAACAUGAAGCAUGUGGUGUUGGUUUUAUUGUGUCCAUUGAUGGAAAAUCAUCGCAUAAGAUUUUGCGAGAUGCCCAAACUCUAUCCGAACGGAUGAUCCAUCGAGGCGCAUGUGCAUGUGACAACGAUACUGGAGAUGGAGCAGGCGUUCUUGCGUCCAUUCCGCAUGAUCUCUACGCUAAGGAAAUGGCAUCCGAAGGUGUGAUCCUGCCGGAAUUUGGGAAGUAUGCAACUGGAAUUCUCUACUUGGACAGAAAUACUCAUGCCGAAGUGGAGAAGGAGUUUAACAUCUUGAGUGAGACGAUUGGUUUGAGUGUUCUGGGCUGGCGCACGGUUCCUGUGGCCAGUGAGGCAAUUGGUGCCGUGGCGCGAAAGAGUGAGCCACUCUCACGUCAGGUGUUUGUAACGGCGUCCGAGACGUCUACGCUGACUGAAGAGGAGCUCAGGCGGCAAGUGUUUGUGCUGCGAAAACGUGCCACGCACGAAUUGUCCAAGCCCGGACGUCGCUUCUACAUUUGUUCACUGUCACUUAAGACAAUUGUGUACAAGGGUCUCUUCACGUCUGACCAACUGUGGCAGUACUAUUUGGACCUGAAGAAUCCCGAUUUCUACUGCUACCUGGCACUGGUGCACACACGCUUCAGCACCAAUACUUUUCCUUCAUGGGAGAGAGCUCAUCCGUUGCGAAUGAUUGCUCACAAUGGAGAAAUCAAUACGCUGCGUGGUAAUGUGAAUUUCAUGAAGGCACGUGAAGGUGUAAUGAAGAGUGAGGUGUUUGGAGACGAGCUCAAGACACUUUUUCCGGUGGUGGAACCCAAUCUUUCGGACUCGGGAUCAUGCGACUGUGUGCUAGAAUUUCUCACAAUGGCCAGCAAUCGUGAUCUUCCCGAGGCAGUUAUGACCAUGGUACCCGAAGCCUGGCAAAAUGACAGAACUAUGCCGCAGGAGAAGAGGGAUUUCUACCAAUGGUCAGCUUGUGUGAUGGAACCUUGGGAUGGUCCAGCACUCAUCUCAUUCACUGAUGGACGAUACAUUGGUGCCAUUCUCGAUCGUAACGGUCUUCGUCCAUCACGCUUCUACGUCACUAAGGAUAAUCUCCUUAUUAUGGCAUCAGAAGUUGGUGUAUAUGAUGUUGCACCUGAAGAUGUCGUGCUGAAGUCUCGUCUAAAGCCGGGCCGAAUGCUUUUGGUGGAUACGCAAGAGAAGGCUUUGAUUCAAGAUGUGGAACUCAAGAAGCGUAUUGCAAAAUCUCGUCCACAUUCCCAGUGGCUCAACGAGAAGAUUGUCCUCGAUGACAUCCGAAGAGCUGAUUUAUUGGCUGGCGGUGAUCGUUUGAUGGAUGGUGUUAAUGGUCAAGUGAAGCGUCGUGAUGGAAUUCUCGAUCCACGUCUUCUACUUUUUGGCUAUACCACUGAGACGGUCAAUAUGCUACUAAUGCCGAUGAUUGAGAAUAAAAAGGAAGCUCUUGGUUCAAUGGGAAAUGAUGCUCCACUUGCGUGUCUUUCGGCUUUUCAACCACUUCCCUAUGAAUAUUUCAAGCAACUCUUUGCCCAAGUUACAAAUCCACCAAUUGAUCCAUUCCGUGAAAAAAUUGUCAUGUCACUACAGUGUCCAAUUGGACCAGAAGCCAAUAUUUUGCAACCAUCAGCGUUGCAAGUACAUCGAAUUUGGUUGAAUAAUCCCAUUUUGAGUGUUACUGAUACGGAAAUUCUGAAGCGCAAUCGUCAUAGGGAUUGGAAGACAAAGAUUUUGGAUAUUACUUUUCCGUGCGAAGAAGGUCCUGAUGGUUACAGUAAUGCUCUUCAGAGAGUUUGCCUUGAGGGAAAAGCAGCAGCAGAACAGGGAUAUCAACUAUUGGUGUUGUCUGAUCGUCAGGCAGGUGCAGAUCGAUGCCCAUUGUCGGCUCUUUUGGCUCUCGGAGCUCUGCAUCAUCAUCUUAUUGAGACGCGUCAGCGUAUGAAAGUGGGAGUAAUUGUUGAGACGGCUGAAGCACGAGAAGUUCAUCAUAUGUGUGUCCUUUUGGGCUACGGAGCUGAUGCCAUUUGUCCGUAUUUGGUAUUUGAAAUGGCAUCAGCAUUGCGUGAGGAUGGAGUAUUGUCCAGAGAUCUGUCCGACAAUAUGAUCUAUCAGGCUUAUUCACAGGCAAUUGAUACGGGAAUAGCUAAAGUGAUGGCUAAAAUGGGCAUAAGUACCCUUCAGUCGUACAAGGGUGCUCAGAUUUUUGAAGCUGUGGGCAUUGGGGAGGAUGUUGUAAAUCUGUGCUUCCGUGGUACUCAGAGUCGUUUGGGUGGUGUAAAUCUCAAGAUUAUGGCCUUGGAGACACUAACAAGGCACAGUAUGGCUUAUGGAAGUGGUUCACCUGAUAUGAAGAUUUUGCGAAAUCCUGGUCAGUAUCACUGGCGAACUGGAGGAGAGGGACAUAUCAAUGAUCCAGCAUCAAUUGCUGCUCUUCAAGAAGCUGCUGUUGCCAAUAGUUUGAGUGCCUACGAGAAGUACCGUGCAAGUACAAUGGAAAGUGUGAGACAAUGUACACUUCGUGGACAGCUGAAACUAGUGGAGAAUAGACAAAAGAUUUCCCUGGAUGAAGUGGAAGCAGCAUCAGAGAUUGUUAAACGUUUUGCAACAGGAGCCAUGAGUUUUGGAAGUAUUUCCCUGGAGGCUCACAGUACUCUGGCUGUAUCAAUGAAUCGACUCGGUGGAAAGAGUAAUACAGGUGAAGGUGGUGAAAAUGCUGAUCGGUAUCUCAAUCAGGAUCCGGAAUUCAAUAAGAGAUCAGCCAUUAAGCAAGUGGCAAGUGGACGUUUUGGUGUUACAGCCUCCUAUUUGGCCCAUGCUGAUGAUCUGCAGAUCAAGAUGGCGCAGGGUGCUAAGCCAGGAGAGGGUGGAGAAUUGCCAGGGUAUAAAGUGACCAAAGAUAUUGCCAGUACUCGACAUUCUGUACCUGGAGUUGGAUUAAUUUCACCACCGCCACAUCACGAUAUCUACUCAAUUGAGGAUCUGGCUGAGUUGAUCUAUGAUCUCAAAUGUUCCAAUCCAAGAGCAAGGAUCAGCGUGAAAUUGGUGUCGGAGGUUGGAGUUGGUGUUGUGGCAGCUGGUGUUGCAAAGGGCAAAGCUGAACAUAUCACAAUUUCCGGACAUGAUGGAGGAACUGGUGCGAGUUCGUGGACAGGAAUAAAAGCUGCUGGUUUGCCAUGGGAACUCGGUAUUGCCGAAACACAUCAAGUUCUUGUAUUGAAUGAUUUACGUUCUAGAGUUGUUGUUCAAGCUGAUGGACAACUGAGGACGGGAUUCGAUGUUGUUGUGGCUGCUCUUCUUGGUGCUGAUGAAUUUGGCUUCAGUACAGCUCCAUUGAUCGUCAUGGGGUGCACUAUGAUGCGCAAGUGUCAUCUCAACACCUGUCCUGUUGGCAUUGCCACUCAGGACCCCGUCCUGAGGGCCAAAUUCACGGGACAGCCAGAGCACGUGGUGAAUUUCUUCUUUAUGCUGGCUGAAGAUAUUCGUCGCAUAAUGGCUGAUUUGGGUGUGCGCAAAUUCCAAGAGCUAAUUGGUCGUACAGAUUUACUAACAGUGCGUCCGGACGCCUUGUCUGAUAAAUCAAAAACCCUGGAUUUUGCUCUUUUGCUGAAGAAUGCUCUGGACUUGCGUCCAGGUACCAAUAUUAUUGGUGGUUCUGUGGCUCAAAAUUUUGAGUUGGAAAAAAGGGCUGACAAUGUAUUAAUUGAGAAGUGUCGUCCUGUUAUUGAUGGUCAGCAGGAAUCAAUUGUGUUGGACAUGGAGAUUCACAAUGAGGAAAGAGCAUUUGCAUCUACCCUCAGUUAUGUAAUUGCGUCCAAAUAUGGUGAAGCUGGAUUGCCAGCUGGCCAUGAGAUUCAUGUGAAUCUGAAGGGAUCAGCUGGGCAGAGUUUCUGUGCUUUCUUAGCUCGUGGUGUCACUGUUAAGUUACACGGAGAUGGUAAUGAUUAUGUGGGAAAGGGAUUGUCUGGUGGUACAGUGAUCAUUACACCGCCCAAGGAAAGCACAUUUGAGUCCCAUUUGAAUGUCAUUGUUGGCAAUGUAUGUCUAUAUGGAGCCACUGAGGGUAAGGCCUUCUUCCGCGGAAUUGCCGCUGAGAGAUUCUGCGUGAGGAAUUCGGGAGUGACGGCAGUGGUGGAGGGAGUAGGUGAUCAUGGUUGUGAAUACAUGACUGGUGGUCUGGUGGUGAUUCUCGGACUCACAGGGCGUAAUUUUGCCGCUGGAAUGUCCGGGGGCAUUGCCUAUGUAUAUGACGUUGAUGGCAGUUUCCGUGGGAAGACAAACACUGAAUCCGUGGAAUUGCUCCCACUUGAACAAUCGGAUGACAUUGAGGUGGUCCGAGAGUUACUUGAGGAAUUUGUAGAGCACACGGAUUCUGUGAUUGCUGGUGAAAUUCUCAGAGAUUGGCCCUCAGUGUGCUCGAAAUUUGUCAAAGUAUUCCCAUAUGAAUACCAAAGAGCAUUGAAAGCUCUCCAGGAGGAAGUUCUAGAGGCACAAUUGAACACAGAGAUGAAAUCAAUUGAAAAUGGGCACAAUCAUGCCGAUGAAGCAGCUGUAAAAGACAUUGAGGACUCUGUUCAGGAUGUAGCCAUGGAGAAGAAGAAACUCACACAAAUUCUCGACAAAACUCGUGGUUUUAUUAAGUACAAACGCGAAACAACAUUCUAUCGUGAUCCAGUUGCCAGACAAAAGGAUUGGGAUGAAGUGUACAAUUUCCCACAUGUAAGACGCAAUCUCAGACGUCAAGCAGCGCGUUGUAUGGAAUGUGGAGUGCCAUUUUGUCAGUCUAACUCCCAUGGAUGUCCACUGGGCAAUAUUAUACCCAAGUGGAAUGAUUUGGUCUUUCAUGAGGAUUGGCGUGAAGCACUCAAUCAAUUGCUGCAGACCAAUAAUUUCCCUGAAUUCACAGGACGUGUAUGUCCGGCUCCGUGUGAGGGAGCCUGUGUUCUUGGUAUUUCUGAACCUCCAGUCACCAUUAAGAAUAUCGAGUGCACCAUUAUCGAUCACGCCUUUGAGCAAGGAUGGAUUGUUCCCGUAGUACCUGAGGAACGUACUGGAAAACGCGUCGUGAUUGUCGGAUCAGGACCUUCUGGUCUUGCUGCUGCUCAGCAACUCAAUCGUGCUGGUCAUUUGGUGACUGUCUUAGAGCGAAAUGAUCGCAUUGGAGGUCUCCUGCAGUAUGGCAUUCCCACAAUGAAACUGUCCAAGGACGUAGUGAAGCGUCGAGUGGAUCUCAUGGCUGCUGAAGGCAUUGAAUUCCGUACUGGAGUCAAUGUUGGCCGAGAUGUAUCUGCAGCUCAAUUGGCUAAAGAUUACGAUGCUGUUCUACUGACUACGGGAGCUACAUGGCCACGAGAUUUGCCCCUUGCUAAUCGCGAUCUGGGUGGCAUCCAUUUUGCCAUGGAGUUCUUGGAGUCUGGACAGAAGAAACAGCUUGGUGGUGCCAUUGAGAACAUCUCGGCCACUGGGAAGGAUGUCAUUAUUAUUGGAGGUGGAGACACGGGAUGUGAUUGUAUUGCUACAUCCUUGCGACAAGGUGCCAAAAGCAUUGUAACCUUUGAGAUUCUUCCUGAACCACCAAAAGGACGUGCUGCCGAUAAUCCCUGGCCACAGUGGCCAAAAGUUUUCCGUGUGGAUUAUGGGCAUGAGGAGGUUCGCGUGAAAUUCGGUAAAGAUCCAAGGCAGUAUUCUACCACGACAAAGGCAUUCAUCAGCGAUGGGAAGGGGCAUAUCAAAGGUGUAGAUACGGUCCAGGUGGAAUGGACAAAGACACCAACUGGACAAUGGAGCAUGAAGGAAGUGCCUGGCACGGAAAAACACUUCCCGGCAGAUUUGAUUCUACUGGCUAUGGGAUUCUUGGGACCAGAGAAAAAUGUACCCAAUGAAUUGGGUCUUGAACUGGACAAUCGUGGCAACAUCAAAGCCGUCAAUGGAUCCUACGGCACUUCCAAUCCCAAGGUUUUCGCAGCUGGAGACUGUCGUCGUGGGCAAUCUUUGGUGGUAUGGGCAAUUUCUGAGGGGCGUCAGGCGGCACGUCAAGUGGAUUCCUAUCUGAUUGGACAGCCCAGUGCUCUUCCAGGACCCGGAGGCGUAAUUGAUCCCACACGAAUGCCGUAGAGAGGAAGUGGACGGAGCAGAGGGGGCAGAGAAAGAGAAGGGCAGUGCGAGAAUUUAUCUCGUGAGCACAUCAAUAUUCCACUUUAACUUUUUUCCUGAUAAAAUGAAAAGCUUUAGUUGAAAAAUCUGUGGUAAUGUGGUAGUCAUUAAGUGGGAAAAUGGGAUCAGACAGAUAUUCCAUCCUGCUUUUUAGAUAAGUCGUUACUUGUUUUCGGCACUUUUAAUCGCUGAAAUGUCUAUUCUUAAUUCAUUUUUUUUAUCCAAUUUAUUGAAAUAACAAAAAGAAAGAGUUAAAGAAAACCCUCCGAGGAGAGUGAAAUCCCAGACAAUUAAAAUGGAAAGAAAUAUUAUACUUUAGACAGAGAGAUUGUUGUUACACUUUAAUAGAUGUUUAGGAAUUCAAAUGUUCUGUCGUAAAAAAACAAAAUUAAAGGAAAAAUAUAUUACAUGCACCCCAUAUUUUGGGAUAUUUCUGCAUGAAAAAAAAAAUUAAACUUAGUGGAAAAGUCUGAAUUCAUUAUCAAAAGAAAAUCUUGUCAAUUAUUCGAUGCGGGGUGCAAGAAAAAAAUAAUAAUUACGACAGAAAAGGGAUGAAAUUUCUUUUGAAUUUGGGGUGCAAAAACUAAAAGAUAGAAAAAAAAGAAUUACAAAAAAAAAUUCUCGUAAAUGUAAGUGCAUUGUAAUUGUUCUGAGACAAUAAUUAGACUUUAAGGGGAAUGAGACAAAAGAAAAAAAAAAGAAAACAAGAAAGUCUGCAUUUAAAGAGCUGUGUUAAGAAAAAAAAAACAAAACGAUUAAAAUUACCCUCGUUGGAAACAUGGAAAUUCUCCUCCACAAAGACAAAUGUCAUGUUAAAAAAAAUUGAAAAGAAAAAAUAAAUGUGUUAUGAAGCAA